AUGUUAAACUAUCUACAUCUACUACUAAUUAUUUUACUUUUCCAAUCACUCUCAAAUUGUAUUUCUGUGGAUGAGUUGGUAAUUUUGAGAGGUGAGAAGUUUGAGGCUGAAGAGGAUUACGUUAUUUUAGAAGGAGGAGUAUUAUCCAUUGUGGAUUUUUACGGAGACCUGUUCACACUUGAAAUUCACGUUUCUGAAGAGUCAACUUUUUUCUUCACGGCCACAUUACCUCCCCAGAGUGACACAUGCUCAAUGAAAUUCCUGAGAAUUGGGAACCUCGGAAAAGUCCAGAUAGAUGCUGGCACAAUGGCAAUUAGUGAUUUCGAAGUACUUGAAAUUGUUAACUAUGGGGAAAUAAUAUUUUCCAAUUUCCAAAGAAGCCAACAUGUACCCCUGAUCAACUAUAUUGUAAAUCGUCGCAGUCUAGUUUGGGAACUGGGUCCCCUUCGGAUCCUGACAUUGGAAAACCCAGGACAGUUUUGUCUUGGAAGUGGUGCUGAUGUCGAGAUCGAAUCUCUCGGGGGUCUGCAACUGAGAUGUAUACAACUACUUCUGGGUUCUACUUUGACUGCUAACGGUGAUAUGAAGUAUGUUGACUUUUCUCCACUUGGCGGAUCAACGUUUAUCUUUAAACCAAGAUUGCUGCUGACCCCCGUCGUGUCAUAUUUUGGUGGUGAUAACGUUGUGAUUUUUCAAGGAUGGAACGCUUCGUCUAUUGACUACAGUUAUGAGAUACUGGCAUUAAAGAUCAACGUUGAUUCCAAAGUAUAUGAACUUGAAAUAGGAUUUAAUUAUGAUCCGGGAUUGUUUAAAGUUGAAGCGCAGGAUGACGAUAUCAUCAUAAGUUAUCCUGAAAUCCCGCCCCAGGCUUUUCAUCACACAUGUGAUUGUAACACCCGAGAAACCAACGUACCAGGAACAUUGCCCACUAUUUCAACCCAGACAACAGGAGACCGUACUAGAACAUUUACGAUUACUACUAGUGACGACCGUUGGACAACAAUCUCUGAUCUGGAUCCGGAACCAACAACUUCGGAACCAGACUCCACUAACUCAGAAUCCGGUUCAACCGCUUCUGAGCCAGAGUCAACUGCUACUGAACCAGAAUCCACUGCAUCGGAAUCCCCACAAGAUUCUGCUACUUCUGAAUCAGAGUCCACCAUGUCAGAAACAGAUUCAACUAUAUCAGAACCUGAGUCAAGUACUUCAGAACUAGGUUCAACUGCACCAGAUCCAGAAUCAAAAACUUCAGAACCUGAACCAACUACUUCAGAGGACUCAACUACACCGAAUCCGGAAUCAACUUCUUCAGAAGAAGAAGAAUCAACUAGUCCACAUGCAGAACUGAUAGCUUCGGAAACUUACAUUACCUCAGUCCAGGAAUCGACUACUUCAGAGCUUGAAUCAGCUACUUCAGGAUUACCACCAACUACCGCCGAUCCAGUUCCACCCUCAGAGACUCAACAGACUUCACCUACAACAACUCAGUCAUCGACGAAAUCAGAUCCUUCGGAAUCGACCAACUCAAAUACAGAUCCUGAGACAAGACCAAGUGUUUCUUCGGAGAAAUCAUCUUUUACUGAUCCAUUAUCAACAAGUUUACUGUCAUUGCUUUCUAGUAAAACAACAACUUCUGGGGGUUCAGAAGAUACCACCACCAAGGACCCAGACCCAGUCAAAUCUGACUCAACAUCUGGAGAUAUCAAAACAUUGAUUGUAACUCUUUCACCUGAAACAUCAGUCCCACCAAGUGCUACCGUUUUGCCCAUUGAAGGUUCGGGUUCCAAGGUUGUUGGUACAGGAUUGUUGCUGUCGGGUAUGGUAGUCAUUGUAUUGUUUGGUAUUUUGAUUUAA